CGGGUCGCCAGGCCAACCGGAGUAUCGGGGGGUUUCUGGCGGCCAUCUUGGAUCUGUGGGUGAUUGUCUCAGCCAGAGUAAAAAAAAAAACAAUAAGAAAAUUUACCCAAUAAUUCGGGUGAAAAAGGCUUGUGGAAAGGCAAGGCAAGAAGAAGACGGUGGCCGAGGACGUUAAGUGACAGACGGAAUGAAGACAGCGCCCUAGUCCCAGAGCCAUGGCUGACAAGAGAAAACUACAAGGUGAAAUAGAUCGAUGUCUGAAGAAAGUCGCGGAAGGCGUGGAACAAUUCGAGGACAUUUGGCAGAAGCUUCACAACGCAGCCAAUGCUAACCAGAAGGAGAAGUAUGAGGCUGACCUCAAGAAGGAGAUUAAGAAGUUACAGCGGCUGCGAGACCAGAUUAAGACGUGGGUGGCAUCAAACGAAAUCAAGGACAAACGGCAGCUGGUGGAGAAUCGCAAACUAAUUGAGACGCAAAUGGAGCGCUUCAAGAUCGUGGAGCGCGAGACCAAGACCAAGGCCUAUUCUAAGGAGGGCCUGGGACUCGCACAGAAGGUGGACCCGGCGCAGAAGGAGAAGGAGGAAGUCGGGCAGUGGCUGACGAACACGAUCGACACUCUCAACAUGCAGGUGGACCAGUUUGAGAGUGAGGUGGAGUCUCUUUCUGUCCAGACCAGGAAGAAGAAGGGAGACAAAGAGAAGCAGGACCGUAUUGAGGAGCUUAAGCGCUUCAUAGAGAAGCACCGCUACCACAUCCGGAUGCUGGAGACCAUCCUGCGGAUGCUGGACAAUGACUCUGUGCAGGUGGAGUCGAUCCGCAAGAUCAAGGACGAUGUGGAAUACUACCUGGACUCCUCGCAGGACCCCGAUUUUGAGGAGAACGAGUUCCUGUACGACGACCUUGACCUGGAAGACAUCCCCCAGUCUUUGGUGGCGACGUCUCCUCCGGGACACUCUCACAUGGAGGACGAGAUCUUCAACCAGUCCAGCAGCACCCCGACCUCCACCACCUCGUCCUCGCCCAUCCCACCAUCGCCAGCCAACUGCACCACGGAGAACUCGGAGGAUGACAAGAAGCGUGGCCGCUCCACGGACAGCGAGGUCAGCCAGUCUCCAGUGAAGAACGGCAACCCGUCCUCCUGCUCCUCCUCCUGCUCCUCCUCCUCUUCCAGCACCUCUUCCUCUUCGCUGCUCUCCAUGGCAACCGUCGCCGGGAGCGCCGGGGCGGGAGGGAACAGCGCCGGGGGCAACAGUCUCCUCGGCAACAUGGGCGGUCUCCUGCCCGGCUCGGGGGGCUUCCCCUCAGGGGCGCAGCAGCAGAGCCAGCAGCAGCAAUCCGUCUCACUCUGUGUCACAGACCUGUUCUCCAGCUCCACUGCUCCCCCGGGUCCCCCGGCGGCCCCCCAGGCCACGCUCUCCGAGGUCAGUAUCCCACCCUCUCUGGGGGUGUGUCCCCUGGGGCCAGUGCCCCUGUCCAAGGACCAGCUGUACCAGCAGGCCAUGCAGGAGUCCGCCUGGACGCACAUGCCUCACCCCUCUGACUCCGAGAGGAUCAGGCAGUACCUGAUGAGGAACCCGUGCCCCACUCUGCCCUUCCACCACCAGGUGCCCCCGCCCCACUCGGACUCGGUGGAGUUCUACCAGCGCCUGUCCACCGAGACGCUCUUCUUCAUCUUCUACUACCUGGAGGGCACCAAGGCGCAGUAUCUGGCAGCAAAGGCUCUGAAGAAGCAGUCCUGGCGGUUUCACACCAAGUACAUGAUGUGGUUCCAGAGGCACGAGGAGCCCAAGACCAUCACAGACGAGUUUGAGCAGGGCACGUACAUCUACUUCGACUACGAGAAGUGGGGCCAGAGGAAGAAGGAGGGGUUCACCUUCGAAUAUCGCUACCUGGAGGACCGCGACCUGCAGUGAUGGGCAGGAGAGGAGGCGAGGGCAUUCCCGGCUGACCACCCACUUGGACUGGAUUACUCCUGAACCGGCCUGCCUGGCUCCUCUCGGGUCACCGGUGCCCAGAGGCCUGCCGGACUCGGGCAGCAUGCCGUGAGAGACUCCCUGGUUUGGGUUUUGUCUUGUUUCGAGAGAUCAGAGAGACUGACGGAUUUUUCUUUCCGAGAUGUGAAUUUCUCCCCUUCCCCGUCCCCGGUCCUUCACAAGCAGAAACUGAAGCGUUUCGUUUUCUUUCGUCUUUCGUCUCCUGUUCUGCUCCGCCGGCGUCACUGAGCGAUGUGGCUCAAGAGGGGAGAAAAACCUACAGUAAAUACAGGAUUGUAAAAUAUUAAUAAAGAUUCCUUUUCAGAAAGUCGAGGCGUCAA